UACACGUUACUAAAGGUAGAAAGAAGUCCAGGGUGCAACUGCUCCGCGGAGCAAAAGGAUUUUAUUUUCGUUGUGAGCUCAAUUUCUAUUAAGUAUUGUCUGAAGACCCCCCAAAAAAUCUCCCAAGAAGUGCGCUCUAUUUCGCACGUGAUUUUUUUCCCUCUUGUUUUGGGAUACAAGACAGUUUUCCUCUAUUGGAUAUCUGGCGCUGUCCGCUAUACUUUCUUGGCAGAAGAAGAAACAAUUCCCGCAAUGGCUCAUUUGUUAUUCGCGUGUUUUUUGGCGUUGCUAUCAACGAAACUGGUCGAGUCGUCUGGUGUGUUUGAGUUGAAAGUACACUCCUUCAGUAGUACCCGAAGUGUCUGCAAACGGUCUAGGGACUGCCAGAUAUUCUUCCGAGUCUGUCUUAAACAUUCUCAAGAUGUCAUCUCAUCUGAGCCCCCCUGCACAUAUGGCAUGGGACUGACCGAAAUCUUCAGUGCUGACCAGAGCUCCAUCUCCAGUAGCGAACCCAUCAGAGUGCCUUUCCAUUUCAAGUGGCCGGGUACAUUCUCGCUUAUUGUUGAAGCCUGGAACGCAGAGUCCUCCGACGGACAGUCCACAGAAAACCAGAACAACUUGAUCAGCCGCUUGGCCACCCGUAGAAGACUAGACAUUGGCGAGGAUUGGUCACAGGAUGUGCAUUUUGAAGAGCAAAGUGAACUUCGUUAUUCUUACCACGUUGUCUGUGAUGAACACUACCACGGUGAGAGCUGCUCAGACUACUGCCGUCCCCGUGACGACCCUUUCGGACACUACACUUGUGAUGACGCGGGCGCCAGAAUGUGCCUUUCGGGUUGGAAAGGAGAAUAUUGCUCAGAAUCCAUCUGCUUGUCUGGCUGCAAUGAGAAGCAUGGUUAUUGUGAGGCCCCAGGCGAGUGCAAGUGCCGCCUCGGGUGGCAGGGACCCCUCUGUGACGAGUGUGUCCGCUAUCCUGGCUGCUUGCAUGGCACCUGUGGCCAGCCGUGGCAGUGCGACUGUAAAGAGGGCUGGGGAGGACUGUUCUGCAACCAGGACCUCAACUACUGCACCAACCACAAGCCCUGCACGAACGAUGCUCCCUGCACCAACACAGGCCAGGGCAGUUACACCUGUACAUGCAGGCCGGGCUUCAGUGGGAACAAUUGUGAGAUCGAAACCAACGAGUGUGACAGCAACCCCUGCAAGAACGGAGGCAGCUGCGAUGAUCUGGAGAAUGACUACACCUGCACCUGCCCCCAAGGCUUCUACGGGAAGAACUGUGAGAUCAGUGCGAUGACCUGUGCCGACGGGCCCUGCUUCAAUGGUGGCACCUGCAUGCAGCAGGUGACAGGUGGUUACUCCUGCCGCUGUCCUGCCGGCUACAUGGGCUCCAACUGCGAGAAGAAGAUUGACCGCUGCAGCAAUGGCCCCUGUGCUAACGGUGGCCAGUGCCUGGAUCUGGGCCACAGUUUGAUGUGCCGUUGUCAUCCUGGCUUCACUGGGCCGCGCUGCAAGACCAACAACGAUGACUGCGCCCACAACCCCUGCCGCAACGCCGGUACCUGCGUGGAUGGCAUCAAUGACUUUACCUGCACCUGCACCCUGGGCUUCACCAGCAAGGACUGCAGCAUCCGUGCCGAUGCAUGCUCCGUCUUCCCCUGCCAGAAUGGAGGCACCUGCUACACCCACUUCUCCGGACCCGUGUGCCAGUGCCCGGCCGGCUUCAUGGGAUCCCGUUGCGAGUUCAGCCUCAAACCCACUGCCAAGCCCAAGGCAGAUGGUUUGCCUGCAGCCUUGGUUGUCUCCUUUGCCCUGGGCCUGGUCACCCUCACCCUGGUGGUGUGUGCUGCCAUCAUGGUCCUAAGCCAGAUGAGGCAUGGGAGGAAGGCCACGGCGUCUUCUGUUCGUAACGACCUGGAGACUUUCAACAACAACCAGCCCAUAGGUGGUUCCAAACCCCUGUCCAGCCUCCGAGAGAAGGAAACCUUCCUCAUCCCCGGCGGCCAUUACAAGGUGUCUAAUAAGGAUAAAGCGCUGACCUCGGCCCCCGCAGACAAACAUGGAGACAAGGCGGCUUACAAGCAGAAGAUGGUUGACUACAACAUGGACAAGGAGGAAGACUGUCAUGCGAAGAACAAAUGUGACCGGAAGAAAUCAGAAGGCAGCAUAAUAGUUCCACCAAUGAGCUUCCCUAAAGGCUUGUACCACCCAGUCUUCGUCAUCCAGACAGAACAGCAAACUGAACCGUGUGUCUUUGCUACUGAGGUUUAACAACAGUAUUCUGACACCAGGAGUACCUUGACCAACAAGGGCUUUGCCUGAACAUGUUUACAGUCUUUCAAAGACAAUUCAAAAUAAUUGAAGAGGAUAUAUUAAAUCAACAUGUAUUAUUUAAUAUUUAUUCAUGCUGCUCAUUAAAAAUGAACUUUUUUCACAACAUUGACAAUGUUUGGAUACAAUACGUGAAAAGCGGAAGCUGGAGAGUAGAAUGUAUGUUCCGGCAUCAUUUGCACUGUAUUUUUAAAUAUAAUUUGCUUUCCAUUAAAAAUGAACAAAAAUAAAACUUUCCUCGGAAGAGGGCCAAGGAUUCACCAAUUACAGAGAAGCAGGACUUUUUACUCUCUUGAUGCCUUAUCGAAAAGAAAACGACAUCUCAAAUAAUCUAGAGGGACCUUUUUACAACCCAUGAAUAAGAUGCCACUACAAUCCACUUGAGAAUCGGAAGUAACAGCAAGGACAUUUUCGUGGCCUCUUUUCUAUUUUUUUUACUGUCAAAGCGGGAAACAAUGUUCUAGCUGUCAAAGAACUGAAGAUGAAGGUUUACUGAAAGCUUAGAUGGACAGUUGGCUAUAGAUAUUGGAGUCUGGAGUGGCCGGAUGUCAUAUCUUGGCCUUCUGGUCCCUAAACUGGACUCCCUUUACGUUUGGAAAUGAAUCACCAAUGUGCCCCAUCUUUCAGAGCAUUACAUAUAUACUUAGGGAAGUCAAUCUUAUCAAGUGCCUGAUCUUUGAAUUAUGCUAUGACUUAAGGGAAAUGGUACUGAUCUUACACACUGACAUUUCUUUUUGUGUUUGUUUGAUACUCUCGUUUUUUUUUUUUUUUUUUACAAACACACUAGAAAGUCUUAUAUGAUCCGGUUGACAGUCAUAGUGCAUUGUACAGUUUUUUUUUCCCGUCAUUUUUUUCCCUCAAUGCCUUUCAAUAUACAAUUUCCAUCUUGUCAAACACCCAGUGCUUUAUGACAUUCCCUUGACUUGAAUGAAGUGUGUUGUGCAUAAAGACUGCUUCCCCCUAUGACGGAAUAUCAUAUCGUUUUAACCGACAGUGCUGGAUCUUGAAAAAAGUAUUUCUUUUUUUUUGCAGAAUGAAGGACUCCAAAGAGGGGUUGUUCUUUUUCCUUUCAAACCAAAUAGAUAUGUAUUUUUAAUAUUUGUAUUAUUGUCCUCUUUAAUUUAACAAUGCAAUGUGUACAUAACCAUGAAAUAUUCUUUCUAUUUAAUUUGUUUGUACAUCAUUUGUAUUUAUGAAGAGAAUUGUAUAUACGUCUAUGUUAUGUGCUUAUUGUCACAAAGUCCCAAAAAUAUAUAUUUUUCAUAAUAAAUCAGAAAAAAACA